UAUCACUGACAGGAUGCCGGCAAGAAGGAGAACUGCAAACACGCCGUCGGGAAGCAAGGAUGCAAGCAGCGAGUCACCGAUGAGUCCCCAAGCAGACGAUCCAGCGUAUCAGUUGAAAAGAAAGAAAAACAAUGAGGCCGUGCAGCGCACUCGCGAGAAGACCAAGAAGACGGCCGAGGAGCGAAAGAAACGCAUCGACGGCCUGCGAAGGGAAAACGACCAGCUAAAAGUUCAAAUAGAGCAGGGCGAAAAGCACAUAGCUACACUGCGCGACCUGAUCAUACACGGCGAGAAAACGGAGGACGGACACCGUAUCAUCGAAGAGAUCCUGGCCGGGCCCGAGCCCAACGAUGACAAUGACUAACGAGCAGCUGCUCCUAAUCUGUCUAAUCUUGUUCACCUACUUUUAAGUUGGAUUUCUGGGGACCGCAUGAAAUUCAAAUAAUCUAUUUUUAACCCUUUAUUAAGUGCCGUUCUAACUCUACUAUGUUUAAUGUAUGAAUAAAUAUGUAUGUCGAAUCUAUCAUAA